CAAAUAGAAUACGCUACACCAUGGUGUGGGCUCGUACUUGCUGCUUUAAAAAAAAGAGAGAAUUAUGAAUUUGGAAGAAGAGCAGAAGCAGAAAUGGCAGAAAGAGCUAAAGAAGUGGAAGAAGCCAAAGAAACCAAUGAAGAGAAAGAAGCCGAAGAAAAGAAGCUGAUGAAGCGGAAAAAGUCAGAGAAACAAGAAGUAGCAGGAAGAAGCAAAUGUAUAAAAAGCAGAAAAAGUGAAAGGAGUGAUGGAAGCAGAAAGGGUGGGAAAUAUGCAUUGG